AUGCGGCCCUCCAUAGACCUCUUCUGGCCGACCAACUCUGGGCUGUCCAGCAUGCCCACGCUCGGCCUCCCGUGUGGAAGCGCGGGAAAUGGGCUCCGCCCACCGAAACCUCUGGACGUCGCGUCUCUCAGCACCAACGAGUGGGAAGAUUGGCUCCAAAGCUACAAUUGGUACGCGACAGCGGUGCAACUGAACAAAAAACCGCCAGAAGUGCAAGUCGCCAACUUCAUGACCGCGAUCGGGUCCAAAGCGCAGAAGAUUUACAAGACGUUCGCACUGAGCAAGGCGGAGAGCAAGGAUGUCGAAGCAGUAAAAGCGAAGUUCAAGGAACAUUUCACGCCGAAGAUCAACCCCAACUAUGAGCGGUACAAGUUCAACAAGAUGAAGCAACAAGAAGGCGAGAACUUUACAGAUUUCCUGACAGCAGCGAGGUUGCAGGCUAACAAGUGUGAAUUUGGAAACCUGACCGACGAACUUCUGAGAGACCGGAUCAUCGUAGGCAUUUCAAAUGAUGACGUCCGCGAAAAACUCCUUUGUGACCCGACCAUCGACUUCGAGAAAGCAACCCAUUUGUGUCGAGCAAGUGAACAGGCGACGCUACAGCUGAAAGAAAUGUCAGCAAAAGAAAACAAAACAGUGGACAUGGUCAACACCAAGAAAAAGAGGAGCUCUUGA